AUGUCAUCACGUGAUGAUAUAGAAAAAUUUUUUGGUCUUCCAAAUGAAACUGGUAAACACGUCUGUAAAAAGUUAAGCGAGCCAGCAUAUUGGAUUUCCAUUUUGAAACCGUCGCUGAUCAGUUACUUAAACUACCUGGCGCAAACAAAAUAUUCACUCCAGAAGGACAAGAUUCAAAGUCAAUAUAUUUCAGAACUCACUAUAAUCAAACGUUGUCAUAAGGAAAUGGACGGACAAUACGAUACAGUAGUAGAAGCUUUGGAAAGUUUUGCGGUAAGUUGGCCUUUUAUUAUGGACAAUGGUGUAGACAUUCGUCUUUGUUGCCUAAGGGCUACGGCUAAGUAUAUGAAAGGCUACGGCUCCGUUGAGAAUGCAAUGUUACUCUACUAG